CCCACAAGUCUUAUAUAUUUAUCUAUCAACACACGUGUCAUCGAUUACAUUUCCCUUAAAAUAGUUGAUCAAGACGGUAAUCUUGUUAAUUUCCGUGGAGAGCGUGUUACAGUAAGACUUCACUUACGAAAACUAUAACAUGGUUGCGCGAUACAACUGUGUCCAACGUUAUUCGAACAAAAAUACUACUAUAAAACGAUCACCACACUCUGAGACGUUUAUUUCGCUUACACCCGUUCAGCGAUUAACACCGUCUAAUAAACAGUUCCUUAAAUCUUUGGGGUUGCGAUUGAAAAAGGUGAAAAGUUAAAAUGGUUGCAGAAAUACUAAAUGUCACCGAGAAAGCAGUCUUCGACAACGCUAUUAUUAACGCUGAUAAACAUACUCAUCAACCCUAUGCUAAUUCAACUUUUAAAAAUAAUGAUACCAUACGCAUUCCAAUAGAAAAUGAAGAUGUUUACACCUUACCUUGCGGUAGUUUCCUAUACAUAGAAGGACGUUUACUGAAAAAGGAUGGAACUGUACCAACUAAUACUACUUUUAUCAAUAACGGAAUUCUAUACCUAUUUGAUGAAAUUCGAUAUGAAUUGGGAGGAAAAGUUAUUGAUCGAGUCCGAAAUCCUGGUAUGACUACAACAAUGAAAGGCUAUGCGUCUUACAAUGAAAAUGAAAGUAAACGUCUCAUUAAUAGUGGAUGGUUGCCUCCUGCUUUAGGUGCUGUAAAAGGAGUUGCCCUUCAUACCAGAAAUCUGAUUGAUACAAACGGUUACUUCAACGUUUGUAUUCCUCUUCGUAUGAUUUUAGGGUUUGGAGAAGACUUUCGAAAAAUAAUACUCAACAUACGACAAGAAUUAGUUCUAGUUCGCAGCAGUACUGACAAUAAUGCCCUCUUUUGCUCAGCAACACCGGCUGAAGAAGUUGAUGUCCAUUUGGAUCAGAUAUGUUGGAAAAUUCCUCAUGUAUCUGUUGCUGACGCUGAACGUUUGAAAUUAUUACGUUACGUUGAUCGCAAUUUAAAUAUGGAACUUUCUUUUCGUAGUUGGGAACUACAUGAAUAUCCCUUACUUAACCAAUCAUAUUCUCACAACUGGACUGUGAAAACUACAUCACAGUUGGAAAAACCUCGCUUCAUUAUUUUCGGUUUUCAAACCGAUAAAGAUUUGCUGUUUUGUACGAAAUGUAUGUUAAUUUUCAACAAUCGUAUUAUGGUAAUGUAAGUGAACCCUUAUUCGAUCCUAAGGAAUUUCGAACAAUUGCUCCUCUUGUAAUAGUAGACUGCUCUUAUCAAAAUGAAAUUGUGAAAUCUGGAAGUAUCGAUAUUCGUUUAGAAAUUCAAACUAAACGCAAUAUACCAGAUAAAACAGCAGCUUACUGUUU